AUGGAGCUGUCGAUGAGCGGCGGCUCACUGCGGACGUUCGGCCGGUGCGUGACCUUCCUCGCGCGCGUCGCCUCCGAGCUCGUGCUCCAGGCGCACCCCGCCAAGCUGGAGAUGCACACGCUCAACUGCUCGCGGUCGGCGUACGCUUCGGUCUCCCUAGCGCGCGACUUCUUCGACCAGUACACCCUCGACGCCGCGGCUUCGGCGCCGUCUUCCACGCCGCUGCAGUGCAGCGUCCUCCUCAAGUCCCUGCUCGCCGUUCUCCGCACGCCGCGCUCGACCGACUCGCCGUCUCACUCCCAGAAUCCGACGCACCCAAGCUCCAGAUCACCCUCCACUGCCUCAACGGUGCGCACGCGCUACCCUCUCCCUUCCUAUCCCCAUCUAACCUCUAAGGUUUCCACUAAGAAUUUUUUGCGGUCGUGUGUGAGGAAGACGUACUGGAUCGUGUGCAGCGCGGAGCCUGAGGUGCAGUCGCUGUCGCUAGACCGGGGACGUUUCCCGAGCCGCCUCGCCAUCCGGCCACGGGAGCUCGCGCGCCUGCUGUCCAACUUCCAAUCCUCGCUGCAGGAGCUCACAAUCAUCGCCACAGAUCCUGCUUCAGGGCUACCUGAUGCCGGCGGGGACGUCGGGGGCAAGGCUGUUGAGCUUCGGAGCUACAAUGACCCGACAAAAGAUGACUGUGACACUAGACUGCACACACAACUGUGGAUCGACCCUGCCGAGGAGUUCGUGGAGUUUGUUCAUGCUGGUGAUCCGGUGGAUGUCACCUUUGGGGUAAAAAAACUGAAGGCUUUUUUAACAUUUUGUGAAGGAUGUGAGGUUGACAUGCUCCUAUUCUUUGAGAAGACUGGCGACUAUCUGACAGCAAUGAUGCCCAACAACCAGCUACAUCAGCACAACAAUACGGGAGAACCAAGGGCUGCUGCUACACCAGUUCCUGAAAAUGUCUCGAACCAUACUAAAAUCUGGUCAGAGCUUUCAGAAGUUAUCAGCGCUAUUCCUCGAUCGCAGCAUCACCCGAGCAACUGGGUAGGUGCUGAUGACAACGACGAUGGCAAUGAAGAUGACGAGGAGCUUUUAGUCCAAACAACACCGCACUAUAUGGACUGA